GGACUGGUGAAAUUUAACUCAGCCGUCUUUGAGUCUGGCUUGAGUCAGAGCGGGUGUUUUUUUUUUCAGGAGGGAAACUUUACAAGGUUUAACGCAAUUCGAACACCAAUAAUUCCCACAGUUUAGUUACCCGAACCAGCGCAACCUCACUGAAAGGAGUCUACAAAUCAUGUCUGGUAUUGCAUUGAGCCGGCUUGCCCAGGAGCGCAAGGCAUGGCGGAAAGACCACCCUUUUGGAUUUGUCGCCGUACCAACAAAAAACCCAGAUGGAACCAUGAAUCUGAUGAACUGGGAGUGUGCGAUCCCUGGCAAAAAGGGGACUCCGUGGGAAGGAGGCCUUUUCAAACUGCGCAUGUUGUUCAAGGAUGACUAUCCCUCAUCGCCUCCAAAAUGUAAAUUUGAGCCGCCACUCUUUCAUCCAAAUGUGUAUCCGUCAGGCACAGUAUGCCUUUCUAUCCUAGAGGAGGACAAAGACUGGAGACCAGCCAUUACAAUAAAGCAGAUUCUAUUAGGUAUUCAGGAACUCCUAAACGAGCCUAAUAUCCAGGAUCCAGCCCAAGCAGAGGCCUACACGAUCUACUGCCAAAACAGAGUAGAUUACGAAAAAAGAGUCCGAGGGCAGGCCAAAAAAUUCUCUCCCUCAUAAAGGCGAAGCGUGUCUUGCUGUGGCAGAAGGAAUCACCUCCCCGCUCAGUCACAAUGAAUGUGCUCCCCUCACAUCGGGACUUGCUUAAAGACUUCUAUUUAAACUCUACACAUUCUGUGCCAUCCACACACACCCUCGACAUGUCUUUUUUUUUUAUUUUUAUUUUUGUUUUCUCGAUUGCUGGUUGGUGCGUAAUGCUGAGAGGGGGAUCGGUGCUUCAGCACCAUCGUCAUUUACUUUUUAAACAUUGUCUUAUGUGGUGCAAGGCACACAGUUUCAUCAAUGCCAUGUAAAAUGGCCAUCAUCCAUGUCCAAGAAAGAAAAUCUUUUUUUUUUUUUUUUCCUCUUUCAGAGUCUAUUCCUUUUGUUUGUCCCUUCUUUUUCAUUCAUUAAAUGUAAAGUCUGCUUAUUUCAUUGUCAGUAUUUCAACUGCUGUAUAAUGAAUGGCACUUUUAUACUGUUGUAUUUCACUAGUGUCUCUAGAUGGUUCUAAUUCUUCUUUCCCAGGUUUUCUAUUCAGCAUGCUGUAACAUACGAUAGAAUCUGCUGCCUUGGCUGUCUUUUUGUUUUCAGAGUGUUUUUGCUUUGGGAUAAAUAAAAGGCGGCAGUGACCGAGGCAGGUAGGCAUACCAUUGUAUCAGACUUUAAGGUUAUAAGGUGCUUUGUUAUUGUAUGUGUUGGCAUAAAUAAAACUUUCUACAAAA